GGGCAGAUCUGCCUUAUCCAAUAUGGCGGACCCGUUGACGUAUCGCGACCAACGACCAACCCGCUCAAUGCGGCGUCUAUGUAUAUAUGUCUAUGACAGCACCCACAUCUGUCGGCAUAUUUCAUUUGCCGAAGCAUUUUCGGACUACAAAAAAAAAAAAAAAAACUACAUGUACACUAUUGACGCUUAAUGGACUCUUUGAGCUGCAUUAUACUGAGACAGGAAUUAACAACCUAAAUGCGAAUAUCUGCACAAGUGUGAAUAUUGUAAACAAUGAUCGUUUUCAUCUGGAUCACCAUCAGAUAAUCUGGGAUUCACCAGAGACGAUAUUCAACUCGGACACAUUAAGGUUUAAGUCCAUAAAGAUGUCCAAGAUUGAGCGUCUGAACUCCCGGGUGGAAAAGCUGUUGUCUAAAGCCGUGCAUGAGGUUCUGGAGGUGGUGAAAGAGACUGUAUCUGAGUACCAGGAGAAAACGGCCAGAACACAGAGAGAGAACCAGAGUCUGAAGAGGAGGUUGCAGGAGCUCCAGGAGAAAUUAAAAUUAAAGCUCGAAAGCAAUGGAAUUUCCCCUGCAGCAUGGCAGGCUGAUGCAGAGCAACAGCUCAUGGAUCAGAGACAGAAAGAAGACCAGGAAGGGGACACUGAACUUAUCGCCUCUAAUAAGGACAUUGGAGAUAUUUGUCCCUCAUAUUCAUUUGAAGACUCAUCAUUAGCCAAAACAGAGACUGAUAAUAAGCUGUCAAACCACGUAGACCCUGUCACCGCAGCCUUUAAAAAAGAUCCUAAAAUGAAAGUCGAGCCUGCAUCAGAUGAAGACGCCAUGCACACCACAAAUUAUUUUUAUGACGAUGCUGGCACAAGUGCAACAUCCUUACAGAGACUAAAUCUAGAACAUCCUCAAUCCAGUGUAGGACUCUACAAUGAGCCAGUCUUCAGUCUGGACCAAAAUGGAAUAGAAGAGCCAUUAUCUCAAAGAUUCAACAAUACAAACAGUGCUGGAGCAGAAAAACAACUAACCACUCAAACGAACACAAAAGCAGGAUCUUCAAGCUCGAGAGCGUUCCAGAGAAACGUCCGAAAACAUUACUGCUGCUCGCUCUGUGGUCGCACUUUCAGGCACGCAGGCGACUACAAGAAACACAACAGGGUGCACACAGGGGAGAAACCGUACUGCUGCUCGGUGUGCGGGAAGAGGUUCAGCCAGUCAGGCUACCUGACAGUGCAUCUGCGCUACCACACGGGAGAGAAGCCAUUUGGCUGCAGUCACUGUGGCAAAAGUUUCAGUCACUCAAGCAACAUGAAGAAACACCAGCAGACUCAUCUGUGAGGCAGCUGUUCACCUGAUGUAUGCAGAUAACGGAUAACAGAUGCAGAUUUGGACAGUGGAAUUAAGCUUGUCUGUCAGCUUAAAAUAGAAAUAAUAAUUUAUCCUCUAUGAGCAUUUAUGUGGAGGUCAGCUGAGCAUGCUGCAAUCAUAUUUAUUAAAAGAUGUAGCUUCAAGAGUGGAAAAGUAAUGGUGCCUUGUUUUUAAAUCUAAACUGGGAGCUUAUUGUGUUCCACGUGAUCUUCAAUGUAUCAAGCACAAUCUAAUAUUUACCGCUGUUUUUGCUGCACUGUUGUCUGUCAAAUGUUUAGAGAUUUGUUUACCGUGUUACUUCUUGCAGAGGUUUUUAUGUGGACUUUUAAAGUCAUUUCCAAAUCAAAUAAAUGAACUUGGUACUUCUUUAUGGUAAAGUUUUCUGUAUUCCAACAAGAUCCUUUUACAAUCUGAAUCCCGAAACAAAACCAGACAACAGACCAAAAGUCAAAGCAAAUUGUAGAAAAAUUGCUUGAUAAAACUGUGUGAGUGUGAGUCAGUGUCUGGUGAGAAAUGUCAGGCAUUACUAAAUCCUGCCUUUAGAAAAUUCAUAUCAGCAUGGAUAGCGUAUGAAUCAUAAAUAAUUGACUCUUUAACAAGCCU